GACCCGCACUCAUAGUUUAGGUGGUCGUUCACCAAAAUCGUUCGUUUUCAAAAGCGACUCGCCUGGUUUCCGUCGAACCCGGGUCGAAGCGACAAGAAUCCCAAACCGUUGCAUGGAGCGCGCAUGGUGAUUGCACAGUGAUUUGGUGGCUUUUUUUGCGAGCAAAAAAAGGGAAGAAAGCAAAACUUAAAAAAGAACAAAGCAAGUGCAAGCGGUAAAAUUUGGUUCUCCACGCCGAACUUGGAAAGUGAAACGAAAGCGAAAGUUUCGAAGAAGCUGUGUUGUGUUCUGGAAUAGUGAGCAGUGCAGUUGCAAGUUGUAGUGACAAAAUUGUCGAUCUAGUUGGAGCGCUGUGAAAUUAUUUCAAAAUGAACCAUCGAACGAGGGCCCUGGUGGGGCUGCUGUGCAUAGCGGGCCUGGCGACGGGUCAACUGAACCAAAACUACCGGCCGGAGUUCUUCUCCCCCGGUCAAGGCUUCCAGUCGGUGUCGGCGCAGAUCUCGAGCAGUAAUGUUCAGCAGUUUAAGCGACAGGCCCCGGGCGGUGGCGGUGGUGCGGGUGGUGCCGAUGUCAUCCCGCAUGACCAGAAGAAGCAAACCACCUUCUGGUGGGUGGCACCGGACACCCCGUUCAAGGCUACUAAAAUCGGUGGUGGUGUCCAGGAACCACCCGGUACUGGCGGCGAUGGUGACGAUGGUGGUGCGGCGGCUGGUGGAGCGGCGGCUGGUGGAGCGGCGGGCGUCGGAGCUGCGGCAGCGGCUGCAGCGGCAGGAGGAGGGGCGGGGGGUACCGUGUCUCAGACGGCUUUCCAAGCGUCGGCCGCUCGUACGGCGACCGGUCAGGCUGGGCAAGCGUUCGGCGCCGGUGGAACAACCACUUCCAUCCAGUCGUCGACCGCUUCCCGGACGAUCGGAACACAGACGCAAGGGUUCCAGGGGGCCGGUGUGGCAGCGGGCGGAGCGGCCGGUACGAUCGGUGCUACGCGGUCGAGCAUCAGCAAGAGCUCGACCAGCAGCACGUUCGGUACACAGACGGGCGUUGUUCAGCCCGCUGUCAUAGCCGGCACUUCGCGAACCAGUUCGACCACGUCCAACACGCAGGUUAACACGGGCACCAUACAGCCGGGUGUUGGUGCGGGUGGCGUCCGUACGUCUACCAUCAUCCGACAGUCGAAAACGCAAACGUCGACGGGCGUUGCUCCCGUUCCGGUUCCUGCUCCACCACCACCGACCACCUCGAUCCAGAGCACGACGACCGGUGUGCGGACGGACACGAUCACGUCCAACAUUAACCGACCGGUGCCUCCAACCACCGUGGGCAUUAACACACAGACUAACGUAGAUACGCAGCGUACUAUCCAAACUAACCUCUAUCCGGGUCAGCCGGGCCAGCCGGGCAGCUCGUCUACUGCGACGGUCGUGGGGACCUCUACCAGGACAACCGAUCUAACACCAAAUAACUUUGGCGGUAACACCGUGACGAAGACGCAGGAGCGUACGGAUGAUGGCAUCACGAGCAAGGUCAUUUCUACCGGCACGAUUACGCGGCCAUUCUUCAAGCAAACGAUCAGCACGUCCGGAUACAACUACCCAGUGCCGGAAACGAUUCCGUGCUACGAGCCCAACAAAAUCUGUGCCCCGAAUCAGUUCUGUAACGAUGGAUUCGUCGACGAGUCGCAACUGAACCUGUUCAACACGAACAAUCAGAACUGCAACUCCGCCACCGAACAGUGCUGUAGGAUUCGGGCAACGCCAGCCACGCGCUGUCCUGACGAUAGCUACGUCUGCGUAUCGCCCGACUUAUGCAACAAUGGCCUGCUGAACUUCGAUGCACAGAAUGCCAUCUCCACCAGACAACCGACUGGCGAAUGUUACGCACCGGAAGUUUGCUGCAAACAGCAAUCCCUGCUGUCCCAAUCGACCGUCCUGACGAACGAAGGUUACGUCGUUAAGGUACCGGAAAAUCAGUACCUCCCACCGGAGGGUCAAAACACCGUCACAAACAUUCAAACCGCACCACCCCCACCACCACCCACUACACCUCGCCCACCACCCACCACUACACGUUAUGUACCGCCACCGACCACUACACGCUAUGUACCACCACCGACCACCACGCGGUACGUGCCACCACCGACCACCACCCGGUACGUGCCACCGCCAACGACAACGCGCUACUUCCCACCACCGACCACCACGCGCCCACCAUUCCGCGCCGAAGAGUACAUUCCACCCAGGGAGGAAGUGCCUGCCCCGUCCAAUGACGACCCUAACAAGAUCAGACCUCCACAGGACGAGAUCCCGAACCCGGCCAACGAUACUCCGGUCGUCAUCCGACCGACCACGCCCCGCCCAUUCCAGCCACCACGUCCGCAGGGUCCGGAAGCUCCACCGCCACUGCCGCCGGUAGGCUGCUCGGCCGCCAUGAACUGUACCGAGGAGGAGUACUGUUCCUCGACCGGUGUCAUCUCAAAGACUCCCGUGGUGUUGACCGAGGAGCAGAAGUUGUUCCGCGUCCCGGUGACGGCUUGUCGAAACUUGGAGCGAGGAUUCACGGGGGUUUGUUGUCGCGAUCCGGACUACGUUGAUCCGUGGCCAGUCGGUCAGCUCGGACAGUACAACCCGGAAAUUCUAGGCUUCGACGAUGGUUCGUACAAACCGAACGGAAACGGUAACGGUAACGGUAAUGGCAAUGGCAACGGAAACGGUAACGGACGCCGUCCAGGCGAACCGAUCCAGGCGUCACCGUCCCAGGUAACGUCCACACAAUCGUUUGCACCGAACCAGUUCGUCAGCCAGACGGCCUCAGUGACACAGAGCAAAUCGCAGUACGAUCGGGGCGUAACAGCGUCCGCUUCCUUCCAGUCUACCGUCGGCCAGCGCGUUAAUGCCGUACCGUCCGGGCUGCAGUUUACCAACAGUGGCAACACCCGGUUCCGCCCGUUCCAGAACCAACGAUCGGAGAGCACUUUCGCUAAGCCGCAACAGUGUGCCCCGCGAAACUAUAACACUCAGCCACGAGGUGCAGGACCAUUGGGUACCGGAUUCGGCGAGUUCCCGUGGCAGGCGAUGGUGCUGCUGGAGACCAACAAGACUCUGCUGUGCGGUGGAGCCAUCAUUUCGGAUAACACCGUCGUAACUGCGGCCAACUGUGUCUAUGGACUGAACCCACGCACGAUUCAAAUCAAGGGUGGCGAAUGGCGUCUGGGAGUUGACGCAGAACCAAAGACAUUCCAGAUCGUGCGCGUGAAGGACAUCGUGUACCAUCCGGCUUACAAUCCGACCACGCUGAACUACGACGUCGCCAUGCUGGUGCUGGAGGAUCGCCUCAAGUUCGAUACGCACAUCGGUGCUAUCUGUCUGGAUGAGAACGAUGUUGUGCCGAGCGCUUCGUACGAGAACUGUGUGACCACUGGUUGGGGCAAGGAAGUACUUAAGAUUCACAUUCAAAACGCGCUGAUGCACCAGAUGUCGAUCUCGUUGCUGUCGGAAGCGGAAAGCCAAAGCCAGCUGCAGCGAAACGGAUUCGCACCGGAAUCGCACAUCUGCGGCCGUCCGUCCGGUGAUGCUUGUGAGGUUGAUGUGGGCAGUGCGCUGGCCUGUGCCGAUACGAGCGGUGCGUACUAUCUGAAGGGUGUCUACUCGGCCGACAACGGAUGCAACCGUCCGGAUCAGAUCGUUUCGUUCUCGAACAUCGAUGUGCAGUGGAUCAAGCAGGCGCUGAAGAACCCGAACCAGUUCAUUACGCCCGUUCCGAACUAUCAGACCGCGGCCAACAGUCCAACGGUGACGCGAGUACAGCUCCAGUCCACCCAGGGCCCGGCGUACAGCAACAAGUACCUGCCCCCGUACUAGACCCACGGAGUUAGCAGACACGGCAGAGCAAAGCACCAACACCAACCUAAUUAACAUCCAGUGAUAGUACACGAAUACAACAAACACACGUACACGCUAGCAAAACGGAAGCGAUCCGUUGAGAAGGUCCUUGACGACUAUCCUGCGUCCAACACACAUACACAUACACAACGCAUUACGCAUACCAUUUCACACGUAACAUCAUUAUUACACGCGCAUUACAUUGAGGAAGACGCAAACAAACCAACACAGCCACACCAGCCAUUUGGUGGUGUGCUACUUAGGCGUUUAAGAGAAUCUUUUCCCCCAUUUCACACACACACACACACACCAUCAAGCAGAACAAGAAAGGACAAUCCGAAAGUCGGAUGUUCAAACACACACACAUACACACUUUUCCAACAACACACACGAUUACUCUCGUCACCAUCUUCUUCACUCGAUACGUCCCAACGUGCUCACGUGGAGGCCCCACGUGUCUGUGCAGAUGAGCAUCCGUCAUCACGUCACCAGCCUUAGCCUUUAAGUGUCCCCGUCUUUGUAUUUUUACGUAAUGCAACAAAAUAGCGCUCGUAUCCAGGAUCUAGAACGGUAGUAAGUUAAUCGUUUUAUCAUCAUAGCAGCACAUGACACGUCUGUGCCUGGUGUUGAAGCACAUGGCAACCCCAAUCUAAUCAGCACAAGAUCGAUGAAAAACCCCGUAAUGUUACCAGUUUAAAGCACAAAUGAUCAUCAACAGUUUCGGAAAGACUCACAAGGACACACUAGCGACCCCAGGCGUGGAGCGGAAGCACUGGCGUGACGUUACUAUCUUUUUACAUCUGUAAUAUUAUUUAAUUACCUGUACAUAAUAAAUAAUGUAAGCUUUCAUCGUUUUUAGGAAA